UUCCAACUUUCCUCAUAAGCGAAGAAAAGGAUUAAGCUGUGUUCAUACUCUAUACCAUACCAAAAACCUCACCUUUAUUUCCCAAUUUCAAAAGCUGCACAGUUGAUUGAUUAGAAAGAUUUGAGAUUAUAAAACUGAGAUAAGUUGAGAUAAUGAUGAUGCAGAUGGAGAUGAGUUCUUCUACUACCUUAGAUCAAGAAAAGAAGAUCGGGAUCAUGGGUUAUGAAAAUCAAGAAGAAGAUGAUUCGUUCUCCUCUGAUGCUUCGAGUAUGGUAUCAUCAGAUGAUGAAUCCGAUGAUGCAUUUGAAGAAAGCAAUUCAUCUUCCGGUAGCUCUCCGUCGUCUAACGACGAUCAUCGGAGUGGCUUGGGAGAUAUGUCUGAUCUUCUUCACCAACUUCCCUCCAAGAGAGGGUUGUCAAAGCACUUUCAAGGGAAGUCACAAUCUUUCACAUCGUUGGCAAACGUGAUGUGUUUAGAAGAUCUUGCGAAGCCAGAAAACCCUUACAACAAGAAGCUGAAAUCAUGCAAAAGCUAUGUCGGAUUAUCCAAAGUGCUUCCACCUCCGACAAGAAGUGCUUCUUCCUCGAAGCUUUUCAACAACAAGCCAUCGUCAAGAACUUCAUGUUCUUCACUAAGUAUAGGAAGAAAUGGUAGCUUCCUUGGAUUAAGCAACACCAGUAGGCCACCUAGUCAUCCAUCUCAUAACAAUGGUGCCACGAGUGCUUUUUAGCUAUUCGAAUCGAACCCGUUUGUUCGUUUGAGGCAAUCAUGCUCAAGUUGAUCGAUCUUUCCAGGGAUCCUCCGCUUUUUGGAUGUUCUAGUCUCGUGAGGGAAAUUUCUUUCCUUCGCAUUUUGCAUGAGAUUGUUGUCAUGACCCGUACUUUCGUGUAUUUGAGUUGCAAUACAAUCACUGUGUAUAUACUAAUGGAUUUGUUCAAGGGAAUUGAUUUAUGUUUGUGGGUGUAUCCAGAUACUAUAAUCUUA